UUUGAGGGGGCGGCUCCCAGCCAUACGGGCACCGGAACCAACCAAAGGGAGCCGGACUGUGCGGAAACGCCACCAAUCACAGCGCAGGAGACACGCCAAGCCCACCUGUGAUUGGUUACCGGAGGGGCUGGGGGGGAAAUCCCUCUUUUCCCGUAGAGUUCCUGGAGAGGGGGCGGUGCAUAACAAAAAGUAAUGGCCAUCUAUUUGGGUCCUGAAGAAGGAGGGGUAUUUCUCGUCGGACAACCGUAUGUGUGAUUGAGUUUUAUUCAUGUUUGCGCGUACGUUCUCCCCGUCAGUGAUACCCAGUCGCGGCUCGGCCGUUUGUCCGUUGACUGUUGGUCGGCGGCGACCGUAAAACGGUUAAUACGCUGACAGAACUUGGUGCCGCGUUUUAGGGUUAAGGCUUCCAGCUAGCCACGCUAACACGUUAGCUACUACCAGCGCCGCUGUGUGUGUGCAUGUGUGUGUGUGUGUGUGUGUGUGAGAGAGAGAGAGAGAGAGAGAGUGUGUGUGUGUGAGCCAACGUCUGGAAGGGCGGACGAGUUUGACGUUUUCUCCCCCAAGUCUCCUCACAUUUCUGAGUUUAGAGCAACGCGGUCCACUCUGCUGAGAGCUACAAACCCACCCAGUCAACAUGGAGGGGAUACACUUUGCGCGAACAUGAAGACGACGAGAGACGUCGACUAAAGAGGAUUAAAAGCAACUCGGUCUUGAUGGGGAAAAAGUUGAGCUGAGGAUCAACAACUCGGGAUAAACUGAAGAGCGGUUUCAAGACUUACCUAUUGGUUCAAGGGCAUGCUAACAUCUCAGCGUCUCCUCCACUCAGCUCCUCCCUGGCCUGCUUCUCUCGGGCAUCCAUGUCUCCCUCCUACACUGCUGUCACUGCUCUGUCCUGUGGGCUGCUACUUCCUCUCUCUGACAGCAAACGGCCCUUCAGGUGGCAAUAGAUGAGAAUUCGCCUAUGUAGUGAGUGAUGGAGUCCACGGUUGUGAGUACGUCCACUCAGGCUUCUGAUGAGUUCGACAGGAACAUGCCGCGGAUCUGCGGUGUCUGCGGCGAUAAAGCCACCGGCUUCCACUUCAACGCCAUGACCUGUGAGGGCUGCAAGGGUUUUUUCAGACGCAGCAUGAAGCGCAAGGCCAGCUUCACGUGUCCUUUCAACGGCAGUUGCACCAUCACCAAGGACAACAGGCGCCACUGCCAGGCAUGCCGGCUCAAGCGCUGCGUGGACAUCGGCAUGAUGAAAGAGUUCAUUCUGACAGAUGAGGAAGUGCAGAGGAAGAAGGACCUGAUUCAACGGAGGAAGGACGAGGAGGCGCAGCGCGAAGCAGAGAGGGAGGCGCGGCGGCCCCGGCUCACUGACGAACAGAGCCAGGUCAUCGCCACGCUGGUGGAGGCGCACCACAAAACAUAUGACGACUCCUACUCUGACUUCUGCCGCUUCAGGCCUCCUGUGCGUGAGGGCCCAGUGACACGUAGCGCCAGCAGAGCGGCUUCGCUCCACUCUCUGUCUGACGCCUCCUCUGACUCUUUCAGUCACUCUCCAGAGUCAGUAGACACCAAAAUGAACUUCAACAACCUGCUGAUGAUGUACCAAGAGCAAGGCAGCAGUCCUGACUCCAGCGAGGAGGAGGGCUCCAGCUUCUCCAUGCUGCCCCACCUGGCUGACCUGGUCUCCUAUAGCAUCCAGAAGGUCAUUGGAUUUGCCAAGAUGAUCCCUGGGUUUAGGGAGCUGACUGCAGAGGACCAGAUUGCUCUGCUCAAGUCCAGCGCCAUAGAGGUGAUCAUGCUGCGCUCUAAUCAAAGCUUCAACCUGGAAGACAUGUCCUGGAGCUGUGGUGGGCCGGACUUCAAAUACCAGAUCAGUGACGUCACCAAAGCUGGCCACACUCUGGAGUUGCUGGAGCCGCUGGUGAAGUUCCAGGUGGGCCUGAAGAAGCUCGACCUGCGAGAGGAGGAACACGUGCUGCUGAUGGCUAUCUGCCUGCUUUCUCCAGACCGCCCAGGUGUGCAGGAUCAUGCACGGAUCGAAGCCCUCCAAGACAGACUGUCAGAGACCCUGCAGGCCUACAUCCAGCUCCACCACCCAGGAGGAGGAAGGCUGCUCUACGCCAAGAUGAUCCAGAAGCUGGCCGACCUGCGCAGCCUCAACGAGGAGCACUCCAAACAGUACCGCUCGCUCUCCUUCCAGCCGGAGCACAGCAUGCAGCUCACCCCGCUGGUGUUGGAGGUGUUCGGCAGCGAAGUCUCCUAGAGGCUGCGGCGGAGAGGAAGCUGGAGAAAAGAAAAAUGGAGGGAGAGAGAGCUGAGUACUAAGCAGAUGGGAGAGAGAAAGUGGUGUGUGUGUGUGUGUGUGUUUGUGUGUGUGUGUACGAGUGUGUGGUUGCAUGUGUGUCUCGUCUGAAAGAGUCUAUCUCGGCAUAAAGGUUGUAUGGAGAGCAAGCAGAUGCUCAGAAACAGAAAACAAGGAAAGUUAAUCUAAUACAAAUUAUACUACAUACAACUUCUGCCUAUAUACAGUGUUUUGUCUGUAUUUAAAUCAACCAACAGCUGCUUCAAAUGCCUGGACAUUUUGUGUGUGCACGUCAUGUGCACACACCCACACAACAAACAUACUCAGUUAUCCAUUUAGCCAUUCAGUUGAGCUACCUCUUGGUUUUACUGGGGUUGUUUUAUAUUUACAUCACCUAUGUGAAACGGUCACUUUUACACAGAACAAUUUAGAUACAGUACGGAUGACAUUUCAGUUUAUCGGUGCAAAAGCAGUGCCUGCACAUUACUUUGAAUUUUUGUUUCAUGUUUCAGAUCUUCAGAAAUCUUUUAGUUUGUUUGUUUUUCAUCUGCUUCUCUCCAAGGCAGCGUAUGUAUAUGACUAUGUAUACAAAUCAAACACAUGCCUUUCGCCUUUCACCAAAGGUAUGGUUCAACUACUUUCUCAAAAAGCUUCCAGUACCUAAAAAUAACCGUGCUGCUCCGUGGCUUGUGUCACGCAUGCAGCCACUCGACAUGCUAGCAAGCUGUCUGACUAGCCUCACAGCCUAUGAAGGAAAAUGUCUUUGUUUAGGUUUACUGCAAAGUACAGAACAUAGUCUUUUAUUUUUAGUGAGGUUUUGAUAGGACUUUGGGGUGCCUGGUUUUGAGGUGAGAAUUAGCCACUAAAUGUGUUAGCUACUUUUACACUGCUAACUGUCAAUCACACCAAGCCUGCAUUAAGGCUUGAUACUCUCUUUUGAAAUGGUUUUUCAUUAAUCUUGUCUUGUGUUUAAUCAUUUAUUUCCCUGUAAAUAGUUAAUUGCUACCACAUGUAUCCUAAGCACUGUUAUGCCACCUUUUACUCAAGCCUAUGUAUUGAUAUACAGUAUCUAUAUUAUCACAGAUUUUAAAGGGCUAACAUGCCAAAUCUAACUGGAAUAGUAAAUCGCGGCCAAAGCAAAGGGGCCUGUCUUGUUAAUAUAUAGCUGCAUACCAUACUUGGAAUUGGCAUAGAUAUGGAUGUAAUUUCAGUAGAUGCUUUUUUGUUUUAUACGUCGGUUCACCUUUAAAGACAAUUCCAUGAAUUGUUCCUCCUCAGUAUGCCAUGAGCUCGGUGGGCGGAGAGCUUGUGAAGCUGCUUCAGACCUCCACAGAUGUCACACCCCUUUCAUUUCUGACAGGGAAGUGGAUUUUCUAGAAUGUCUGAGGGCCUGGUGGGGGUGGUGGUUGUGGUGGUGUCAGCGAUGUGCACCUCUACACCCAGGCCCUCCUGUUUGAUGAUGUAUGCUGCGCAGCCCUCUAGUGGCUGCAUUGUGUAAAUACCAGUUCUAUACAGUAUAUAUAAUAUGUCCACAGCUGUACAUAGGGCUACAUAGAUAUUUCUCAAGGCAAAUGUUUUUCAGAAAUAUAUAUGCAAAUACAAUUAUGACCCUUCUUUUUUUGUUUUUGAGAAAUUAUCACUACGUUCGGAGACACUAUGCUCUUUGUUUUGAUUUUGAUCAUGGAUUUUUAUUGUAAGAAUGAGUUAGGAUUGGCUUAAACAGGGAUUGCUUGUGUAUUUGAUUUGUCAAAUUAGUAUUUGUUUAACGGUGGGUUGAUGUAUUCACCUAAUUUCAGAAAAGAGGACAAGCUAAACAUACCGUGCUGCUCUCUAAUAUAAGCCAUAUAGAUCACCAAGCUAGUUAUACAACUGAUACAUAACAGUACAUCGAAGAUGAUGACUCCAGAGCCGUGGAUACUCUCAUUAUAUAAUCUCUUACACUCGUAUGCUAUUUAUCCAUGGCUCUUGGAAGACAAGCUUGUAUAUGAUAGGAACUCAUAUGCCUUCUCUCUGCUGUCAUCUUUGGCUUAUGCUUCAUCAGACAGCAUCUAAUGGCUCAUAAACCAAACAAGCAAGAGAAUUAAAGCGCUUAGGUUUAGAGUCCAGUAAUGUAUGUCUUGCUGCAUGUGGGAUUAUGGUAAGAAAUUAAAGGAGAUGACAUGUCUUUAUACCAAGACAGUUCCGCAAAAAAGUCCUGUCAAGUUCGGAUGAUUUCAUUAGAUGCAACUUGGCGUAAAGGAAAUUCAGAUUAUUUCUUCAGUAAAUUAAAACUGUCCCUGUGAUCAGCCAUACAGGCCUCCCAUAUCAGACCAAGAGCAUCCUUUAUCUCUGCAGACCAGGUUUACUCUGUGAUUUAAGAGGAAGAUGGUGAGAGAGAGAGAGAAAGAGAGCAUUUGUUUGUUGUUGAGCUGAACAUCUUCUCACAGAUGUUUUUGGGAGAAGUUGUGAUGGUUGUUGCUUUAAUCUGUUCAGCCCACGUGGGUGUUUUUUUUUGUUUUGUUUUUUGUUUUUUCUUAAAACCUACCAUAGGAGUCAAUUCUCCGCCACUGUGGCUUUAUUCCAACUCGUCUUCAGUCACUGUGACACAAGCCGACAGUCGGGGAUGGACGUGUAGAGGAUCUGCUUAGUACAGAUAGUUAUAUAGUUUGUGAAUGUUUCCAUAUUCACGUAAAUCAUAAUACGUUUCAUGAAAGUGUAUAUAAGUAUAUAUAAGUAUAUAAUUCCAUGUGUCCCACACAAAUCUCCCUGCUGUGAUUGAACUUCAAGGAGUUGAGGCUCGAGUGUUUUUAGACAGUACCACUCAUAUGUAUAGUUUGAUGAGGGGUAUGAUGUGCUUGGUUACUGAACACUGACUUUUGAAGUUUUUGAAAAGUCUCCAUGUUGAUUUUUCUCUGAAUGCAUACUUCUGUAUGUAGAUAUGGGUUUGAUUUUGUUCUGUUUUGUUUUAUUGAGAUAGAGAUGCAGUGUUGAUUUGUGUAUGUUUAAUACAGUGGGAGGAUCAGUGAACAAGUAAGUGCCACGGGGAGAGUUCCCUCCACACAAGAACAGGGUAAAAGAGGAGAUGCUCUUGGGGAUUUAGAACUAAACGGGAAGAGUCUCAAGGAUGUUUUCAUAUCACCGCUAAAUGAACAAAUAGAUUUUUGUCAGUACCGCAUAGCAUUUGGGGAAUUUUUAUCAUAAGAGGGGAACCCCCAGUUCCCUUUUUAUGUUGUUUGGGACCUUCUUCCCAUUGAGUUCCCCACCCAACAUACUGUACAUAACAUGCAAAUACUGUUAAAUAUAAACAUACGGUGCAUCCCCAGAGUUUCCUGUUUGGUUUUCACCAUGGUAAGCUGCUCAGAAUCCGUAAGUUUUUAACCCUGCAUUGUGGUUGUUAAAAUACUGGAACUUGAAAACCAUACAAAAGUGGAAAUCUGGAUUCGUCUUUGUUGAGAUUUCCUCAAGAUCGGCAACAUAACACAGUAACAAUGCCUGCAAUACACAACUUAUGGUACACUAUCACCAGCAAGCUUUACAGGAUAUCAUGUUGGUAGACAUUUUUGAAGUUUUUUGUAUAACUGUUGCCAUUACAAAUCCUGUCUGUAAAAACAACAUGUAUGCUAUCAUUCAUAGAGAUCAGUAGGUCAUCUCCCAUACAAAGGCUUCCAAGUCUUCUAUUUCUUUUUGUUCCUUUUCCCUUUUCUUCUCUUUCUUUUUGUUCAUUAGGACAGGGAUUGUAAUGGAAUCAACUUAAUGUAGUUCUUACAAAAAGGAGUGUCCACAAUGGAUGUACACCAUAAUCUACCUAAAAAACCUACCUCUUUUAGCUCAGAUUUUUUGCUUUAGCAUUAAGCAUUUGCCUCUGUUUUUACUUUUGUAAUAUUUGUAUUCAUGUUGGUAUUUAUUGCUGUCUAAUGAGUCAUACUUCAAUGAUUACCUCAGAGAUAUCUCACAGAUUUUGGGAGAGUCCAGCUAAUGAAGUCAUUCAUAGUUUUUUUUUUUUUCUUUUUUUUUUUUGUACAGUUUAUUUUUCUCUCUUCUCAGACUUAGCAUUGCCUCUUUUUUUUUUUUUCUUUUUUUUAACGCACAAAAUACCGGGAGUGUUUUUUUUUAAUAUAGUGCCUGCACUCUGACCAACAGGGCUCAGACUGGCUAGGGUAAAGCUGCAUUUACUCCAAAAAAAGACUUUCUCUGCUAUGAAAGACGAUUUGGGCCACAUUUUAACAAAUUAGUUGACUUCUGAGUUUAAAGUCAGAAUUCUGACUUUAAUCCCAUGAUGCAGACUUUAAAAGUCCAAUUUGUAAGAUAGUUGACUACAUCAAAUACUGACCCUGGUGACCUGUCUGGACUGCCAGCCCAAAGUGUCAUUGUCAGA